AUAAACAUUGUUUAUUUCUAAUCCAAAGCAAAACAAAAGUUUUAAGCAAAUAAACCACGAAAAUGUCUGAAACGUGGAGUAUAACAGGGAUAUGUAGAUGUUGUCACACAAGAGGCACAUUUAGAAGUCUUGACGAGCCGUAUAACUAUAAUGGACGUGAAGAAGUAUUUAACUACAUGCUACAGAAUACGUUUAACAUAACUAUACAUCCAGUUGUAGACAGUGCAAAAAAGUUUUUCACAAUAUGUGAAGUGUGUAUACCAAGGCUAAGAGACGCGGAGAUGUUUAGACAAUUGGUUGUUUCCAGUGAGGAGAGGUUUAUGCAGUUUUAUGACGAAUAUUUAUUAAAAGAUGUAAAAAUGGAGAAAAUUGAAAUAACAGAAACACAAGUGGACGAUUCAGAUGGUGAUAAAUACCAACUUGAUGUCUUCACCGAUAUAGAUGAUGAGCCGUUAGUAUACUUGAAGAGUCAAGAAAAAAAACCUGAUGCAGACUGGAUCGCACCGCUUAAAGAUGAUAGCAACAAAAAAUCGGACAGCUCGAAAAAGUAUUCCUGUAAUAUAUGUCCAAAGAAAUUCACCUACCACGGUUCCCUAGAGAUGCACAUACAGACACACAAAAUAGAGAAAACCUAUACAUGUAUACUGUGCAAUCAAAUGCACAAACGGAAUAAAGAAUUAAUUAAACAUAUUAACGAGAAUCACAGUGAAAAUAACGUGUUUACAUGUAACUUGUGUGGCAUCAAUUUUGAUACAGCAAGACUGCUGAAAAAGCAUUUUUCAGUACAUACAGACAAAUUUAAAUGUAGUUUUUGUGAAAAAGAAUUUAGUAAGAAGAAAGGCUUGAAGGAACAUCUAAAAACGCAUACGGGAGAGAAGAAAUUCACAUGUAAUAUUUGUAAUAAGUCGUUUGGACAUAAUCAAACGUUAAAAUCGCAUAUUUUGACGCAUACAGGUGAACGUCCGUACAUUUGUGAUAUAUGCGGCCGUAGUUUCCCUCAACGCACACACCUAAAGCGUCACAUACACAUCACACACACAGGCGUCAAGCCGCAUUCAUGUACCAUUUGUAUGAAGAAAUUCUCCAGUAAAAGUUACUUGAGAAUACACGAACGACAACACACGGGGGAAAAACCGUAUUCUUGUGACGUGUGCGAAAAACAAUUCCGUGCGUACACUACGUUAAAAGUACACAUGCGUGUACAUACGGGAGUUAAACCGUAUCUGUGCUCGUUCUGUGACAGACAGUUUGCACAAAUGGCGAGUUUUAAACUACACGAGCGAACACACACAGGCGAAAAGCCGUAUUCUUGUGUGGUUUGUAAGAAAGCGUUCGCGGAUAGUGGAUAUUUGAAGAUACACAUGCGUAUACACACGGGAGAUAAACCGUUCGAGUGUUGUGUUUGUAAACGAGCGUUUAGGGAAACAGGACAAUUGAAACGGCACAUGCGUGUACACACGGGACAAAAAGCGUAUACUUGUAAAGUUUGUAAUAAACAAAUUGGGAACUUGUCGAAACAUAUGCGGGUACAUGCGGGUAUGGAGAAAAAUUGUGAUUUUUGUGACAAAAAAUUAAACGGUUUUAAAGUACAUUUGAGUGUACAUACGGGAAAGAAACCGUAUAGAUGUGGUGUAUGUGAAACGCAGUUUGCGCAAAGCGGCGGUCUGAAGAGGCAUAAGUGUAGUGAGAAGUGAAUAAAUUAUUUAUUUUAA